GACGGUUGAUGACGAUGCAAUGGCAGCGUGAAUGAAGCUUGGCGUGGGGAGAGCUGAACGAUGCCCAAAGGUGGGGGUUCUAAAACCCCCCAGCUGGACCACUUCCCACUUAACACCGACAUGGUGGAAAAGCAGGGGGGGAAAAAGGAUAAAGUGUUGUCAAAUAAGACUCCUAAAUUGGAUCGGAGUGAUGGCGUCAAAGAGAUGAAAGAAAAGGCCUCUAAAAGGAAGCUGCCUUUCACUGCUGGAGCAAAUGGAGACCAGAAAGAUUCUGACUCAGAGAAACCAGGUCCAGAGAGGAAGCGCAUUAAGAAGGAGCCCACUAACACCCGGAAGGCGGGCCUGCCGUUUGGAAUGGGGAUGCCGGGGAUCCGGGCCGGGUACCCCCUCUCUGAGCGGCAGCAGGUGGCCUUGCUCAUGCAAAUGACAGCCGAGGAGUCCGUCAACAGUCCAGACACAACACCAAAGCAUCAGUCACACUCCAGUCUGGGUCAGAAGGGAACGCCAAACUCUGCAUCAAAAACCAAAGACAAAGUGAAUAAACGGAAUGAGCGAGGAGAGACUCGGCUGCACAGAGCAGCGAUCCGAGGAGAGGUACGCCGCAUCAAGGAGCUCAUCAGCGAAGGAGCUGAUGUGAAUGUAAAAGACUUUGCAGGCUGGACUGCACUGCAUGAGGCAUGCAACAGGGGCUAUUACGAUGUGGCCAAGCAGCUGCUGGCAGCCGGGGCAGAGGUCAACACCAAGGGUCUGGAUGAUGACACCCCUCUCCACGAUGCUUCCAACAAUGGACAUUUCAAGGUGGUAAAGCUGCUUUUACGGUAUGGAGGGGACCCACGUCAAAGCAACAGGAGGGGCGAAACGCCACUGAAGGUCGCCAACUCGCAAACAAUGCUGAAUCUGUUGCUCGGGAAAGGCACUUACACCUCCAGUGAAGAGAGUUCAUCAGAAUCUUCAGAGGAGGAAGAUGCGCCCUCUUUUGCGCCGUCCAGCUCCGUCGAUGGCAAUAACACAGACUCUGAGUUCGAGAAGGGCCUGAAGUUAAAAGGGAAGACCGCAGACCCUCCUAAGUCUGCAAUCACGCCUGUCAAGGAUGAAUACGAAUUUGAUGAGGACGACGAGGAGGAGCGCGUCCCCCCCGUAGACGACAAACAUCUCUUGAAAAAAGACUUCAGAAAGGACCCCAUAACUAAGACCAACAGCUUCAUCUCCAUACCCAAGAUGGAGGUUAAAACAUAUUCCAAAAGCAACUCGCUCACACCAAAGAAAGCUGUCAGGAGGAUCAUCUCUGACAGCAACAGUUCAGACGAGGAUGACGGGACGUGUUUCACACCGGCGCCCACGCCACGGCAACAAGCCCAGCAAACUAAUACCAAGACUAGAGACUCUGGCAGCCUGAGCUCCAAACAACAAAAAGACAAGAAUAAAGUGAAAAAGAAGCGAAAGAAGGAGAGUAAAAAUAACGUCAGUAAAGAAGUCCGAUUCGGUAAAGUCAACGACAAAUUCUGCACGUCGGACUCGGACUGCGGGGACAUGGAGAGCGAGGAUGAUAAGGGCUCAAAUAGUAUAAAAGACUCCUCGACAUUAAACCUUAAAGAGUCCCCAGGCUUUAACGCGUCCUCCUCCUCUUCCCACGGUAACUUGAACUCUCAGAAACAGGCGCCGUCGCUAGCGGAACAGCAUCCAAAGCAGUGGAGGACAGAUGGCUGGAAAACUGUGUCGUCUCCUACGUGGUCAGAUGUCAGCUCGCUCUCAGAUUCAGUCAGAACAAGACUUUCCAGCGAGUCUGACUACUCCUCUGCAGAUUCCAGCGUGGAGUCCGUAAAGCAGGUGAAGAGGAAAGCGCAGGAGAACAAAAAGAAAAACAACAACAUACACAGCAACACUGUGGACAAGAAGAACUCGGAGCUCUACAAAAACUCCAUCACAGAGAGCGCCGCCUCCAAAACCGACGUCGACGGCAAAGUCCUGAAAAAGCAUAAAGCAAAGCACAAGCAUAAAAAUAAGGAGAAGGACAAAGCUCCAAGUCUAGUGCUGAAUCAAGAUAUGAACGAAAAAUUUGUCAAGAGCUUCUCAUUUGACUUCGACGAUUCCAGGCAGAAGUCUUUAAUCGUUGAGUCCGAAUCAGCACCUGAGGGCAAAGUGAAGUUAUCCAAACACGAGAAGGAGCAUUCAAAAAAGGAGGAGAGGCUCAUGAAAACCAAGUCGGAGGAUAAAGAUUGGUCAUCUUCAAAAGAUUUGCAAAGAACAGCAAAAGAAGAGAAAAACAAGAAGCCAAAGGACUUCACAAAGGACAAGACAAAUAAGGAGGAGAGGGAGAAGCCUGUAAAAUCUGACAAGGAGAGGAAUUUCAAAGAGAAGGAGAAACCCAAGGAGGAGAAACAGAAGGCUCACAAAGAGGAGAAAAAGAAAAAGUCCAAGGAGAAGUCCUCCUCAAAGGCUGAAAGGAAAAAUGAGCAGAAAGAGGAGAAACACCUUAAGGUGGACAAGGAGAAAAACAUCAAAGAGGAGAAGGAGAAAUGUAAAAAAGACAAAACUCUGAAGGAGGAGUCGGAGAAUGACGGCUAUGACAUCAACAACAGGUUCCUCAGCCUGGAGGACACAAAGCUCAGCGCAUCGGAUGACCACCAUGACAACUGGGGCUCCGAGAUGUCCUCGGAUUCCUCCCUCUACGGAGACGACAGCUGGGACACCUCUCUCAAAGAGGUCAAAGAAAUCAAGGAAUACAAAUCCAACAACACGGUUAAGCUCAUCGUCGAGACUGUUAAGGAGGAGACGAGGAGGAAAGAAAACAAAGUCAAGGAAAAGAAAUCCGACCACGGCGACAGAAGAUCUGAGAAAGAAGCCACCUCGAAGAAGAAGGACAAAGACUCAUCCGAAAAGACAAAUGAAAAGAAAAAAGACUGGUCCGAUAAACAACGACUAAACUCCAGCCACUCAGUCGACAAAGAAAAGAAGCGGAAAGAGACCACAGACAUAGUCAAAGACAAAAAAGACUCCCUGGACAACAGCAGAGAUCGUAAAGACUCCUAUGAGUUUAUAAAGGACAGAAAAGACUUGAAAAUCAAGCAGGAAUCUAUAGCAGAUGAAUACGGCAACGACGCUUUCUUUAAGGACACUGACGCUCUCGGCAAAUCUUGUGAUAUCAGAGAAAGAAACCACUCUGGGAAGGAGAAAGAAAAGAAGAGCGAGGGCACAGAGAAGCGAGAAAAGACGAAAGCCGACAAGCACAAAGAGAAAACAAAAGACAGAGGAGCUGAUCAGGAGAAAGACAAGAGUGAGCGAAGUUCCACCGAAAAAACUGUCAAGGCAAAAGACGCAGAUCGGGGCACCAAAGACAAAAAGGAGGGAGCCAAAGACAAACACAAAGACUCUCAUGGCAAAGACAAAGAUCGAAAAAUGUCUUGUGACCAGUCGAAAGACAAAAAAGAUAAGGCCUCUCUAGACAAACAUGCAGAUAGGGAGCGGGAUUUCUUGGAAGUAAAGAAGGAGGAGAGAAAAAGUGAGAAAAUCCGGGAGAAACCUUUUUACGAGAUCGACGAUAUAUUCACUGAUGAAAGUGAUGAUGAAGGGGAUGGCUACAGCAGAGUGGUGGGACUCGGCACGGACUCCAUCAGGAAAGAUUCGACGCCCGACCAGGAUGAACUGGAUCAUUUUCCCUCCGAAAAAAUCAGAAAGUCCUCUGCAGAGACUAAACACAACACGGAAAAGGCCAAGGAGCACAAAGAGAAGAAGAAAGACAAGGCCUUAUUUGACACGGGUAAAGAGAGGAAGGGCUCCCUGGAGAAACACAACAAGGACAAGAAGGACUCUGUAGACACAAAACAUAAGGAACGGAAAGAUAGGAUAUCGGUGGAGUCGAACCAAGAAAAGAAGAACAAGCAGAAGCUGAUGGACAAAAGGGACACAAGUGAGGAGAAGACCAAGAGCAAAUAUAAAGAAAAGCAGGACCACUCCAAGGAGAGGAAGCCCUCUAAAGGCAGCGGUGAGAAUGAGAAGUCCCUCUUAGAAAAACUAGAAGAGGAAGCUAUGAACGACUACAAGGAUGACUCCAACGACAAGAACAGCGAAAUAUCCUCGGACAGUUUCACCGACAGAGGUCACGAGCCGGUGCUGAGUUACUACGAGCCCAUCAGUCUGACCGAUAUAUCCGAGGGCAGGAGGGACUCCCUGUCCAUAACCACCCCGCAGGACAAGUUCAGAGAAAAAGAGAGGCACCGGCACUCGUCCUCCUCCUCAUCCAAAAAGAGCCAUGACAAGGAGAAGGAAAAAGUCAAGAAAGACAAGGGAGAGAAGCGGGACAAAACGGGGGAGAUCCGAGAGUCCUACAGCCGCAGGGAGAGCCUGCCGUUUGAGAAGGAGCCCAUGCCCUUAGAAGCGGACCCGUACACGUUCCCCUUCGGAGGGAAGGGCGACGGCGAGGACGACUUCGACAAGACGUUAGAAUUUGAAAAAGAGAUGUCCAAAAAGGACAAAGAGAAAGCGACCGGCAUCAUCAGCGACAGGACGAAGGACAAAAAGAAAAAGGAGAAACAUAAGGAAAAACUGAAGGAGGAGAAAAGCAAAUACAUGGACGGCUUUGGGGCAUUCAAGCACUCUAAAGAAGAGGUGAAGUCCGGGUUGAAAGACAGCCCUCAGGUCACCGUUCUGAAAGACCGGUCGAAAGAACAAAGCCCGAAAUUUGAUGUGAAAAAAGACAGAAGCCGGGACCUGCUGGACAAAGACAACCGCCUGGAUCACCCUAAGUCAAAGGCCAAGGACGAAAACGAAAAGCUCCCUCAGUCCAAAGACGUGGUGCGAAAAGAUAACCGUCCACGGGAAAAACUGCUGGUGGAUGACGAAAAUCAAAUGACAAGUUUCGGUCAGAUGUUGAGUCUGAGAGAUCAGGAGAUCGGAGCGCGCCUCAAGAAACAAAAGGAGAAAAUGAAGCAGAUGGAGAGGCUAAGACCCAAGACGGGAGACCCCAAGCUCAAAGACAAGGCCAAGUCCACAGAGGAGGUCCGGAAGAGCCGCAGCGAGCUGUCGUCCAAGAAGUCCAACAGCGUGGAGGCCGGCCUGAAAGAGAAGAAGCUGAAGGACGUGGGCCUCCCGGCUCAAAUGAUGUCUCCGGCAAGGAAGUUCCAGCCUACCGACAGUCAGAACUCAAAGGACUGGCUGGCUGGCCACCAGAUGAAGGAGAACCUCCCCGCCUCUCCCAGGCCAGAUCAAAACAGGCCGACCGGUGUGCCCACGCCAACGUCCGUCAUCUCCUGCCCCAGCUUCGAGGAAGUGAUGCAGACCCCGCGCACUCCGUCCUGCAGCCCGGAGGACUACCACGACAUCAUGCUGGAUGGGCUGGACUGCCAGAACUCCUCGGCCAUGACCAUGUCCAUGAACGCCUGCUCGCCAUCCUUCUUUGAAAGGUACUCCAACUCCCAGAGUUUCCAGGAAGGCACCUGCCCCACGCCGGCUAAGAACCUGCAGCUGCCGCUCGUCAGCCGCUCAGCGUCGUCCGACGUCCGCAGGCCCCUGGAGGACGAGUUCAAGGCCGAGGCCGACAAGUUCCUGCGGCAGCAGAGCGAUCCGGCCGCCGAGUUCGACCCGCCGUCGGCCUCCCAGCCCCUGGAGGACAAAUCGGCGGCGGCGGCGGCGAGUCGGUUGGAGUGCCUGUCCCCGCCCUACUUCUCUCCCAUGAGGAUGCUGUCCCCCCGCCGGGAGCCGGCGCACCCAUCCCCGGACGCGGCCGCCGCGUCCCUCACCGCGGCCGAGGGCAGCGAGCACCUCCCCGAGAGCGUGUACAGCAGCUUCCUGCCCAAGCCGUCCACGCCGGUCCACCGGCCGGACCCGCAGGAGCCCUGCUUCGACAUCGCGGCGCCCCCGACGCCGGCCCCCGCCGCGCUGCCCCCGCUGGACAUCGACGACAUCUCCGAGCCCCACCACAGCGAGCCCAAUCUGGUGCUCUCAGACCUGCCCUCCGUCACGGAAGAGCACGAGCCCGAAGAGGAGGAGGAGGAGGAAGAGGAGGAGGAGGAAGAAGAAGAAGAGGAGGAGGAGGAGGAGGAGGAGGAAGAAGGUGACGAAGUGGAAGAGAGGACCGACGCAGACCCCUGUGCAGCAGAGCAGCCGGAGCCGGCCGGGGACCCCUGUUCCUUCUCCCCCCGAGUGGAGGACGCUCUGAGGAAGAGCUGGCCGGCCGAGUCCCCUGACCGGCAGGACGCAGAGGUGCAGCCGCUCUCCCCGCCCCACCCGCCGCCCGACCCCGCAGAGAACUGCUUCAACCACAACAUGGGCUGGACCUCCGACGUGGACCUCAAGUCGCCCGGCGGGGAGAUCGAGGCGGCCGUCUCUAAGAUAACCAGCCCUUACUCGCACUCGGACAGCGACCUGCAGCCCCUGGCCGGACACCCCUCCGUCACCCCGCCCUACGCCACCUGGAACAGGUGGCCCAAAGAGACCGCCGUCGACUUCGACGAGCAGAAGGAGGCCGUGGCCGACAUUCCCUCCCCAGAGAGGCCCGAAACGGCCCUGGACCAGGAGCCCAACUAUCUGAACACCUCGCCGGCCUCCAACCGGCUGGACUCUUUCUUCCAGGACUGCAGCAAGCCCGUCCUGGAGGACGAGCACCAGAUGGACGCGGAGCCCCCCUGUGUGGAACCGGACAGCAGGCACAGCGCGCACGGCUUCAGCGCGUCCCCCGACUGCCACAUCGCGCCGGCCGCGGGGCCGGAGCCCGUGGUGCCCUGGGCCGACCCCUUCCCGGCCGACGCGGACGAACUGGACGACUUGGGGCCCUUCUCUCUGCCCGACCUGCCGCUGCCCGACAAGUCGGAGGAGGCUGAGCCCCGAGAGCCCGAAAUGGCCGACCACAGCAAGAUGGCGCCGCCCCACAUCAGACACAUCAUCACCGACAGGGAGGAGCCGGACAUAAUGGAGGUGGACCUGCCCAGCCUGUCCAAGACCCCCUGCCCCACCGUAGACCUCAGCCAGGUGGAGUCGGCCGGACAGGACUUUGUUGUUCCGUCGCCACACAGGACCUUCCAGCCGGAGCUGGAGCCCGAGCCGCAGAGCGUGCCCGCCAACAGCGCCCUGUCCCUCGGCCAGCAGCAGCACGGCGUUCUGGAGAGGCAGCUCGCCUACGGAGGGCCUCACGAGUCCAGCCCCGGCCUUCUGUACUCGUCUGUGAAAGCAGAUGCCGGUCAGCAGCACCACAUCCAGAUCCAUUCCCUGGCCGAGUCUUUGCAGCUGCCCCUGGAGCCGCCGUGCGCCGCCAAGCCGGAGCUGAGGCCGGGCGAGGUCCCCGAGGCGGCGCCGGAGCCUGUGGCGUGCAGCCCGCACCCUCAGCUGGCCGCGCCCGUCCCCCUCCCCCCCGCCGCGGAGCCCCCCGAGCCUCAGGAGCCUGCGGCCAAGCUGCCGCCGGUCACCGCACCCGCCCCGCCCGCCGCCGCAGAUGUCCAGAAGAAGGUGGAGGACAUCCCGCCGAGAAUGACCCGCUAUCGCGCCAAGAACAACCCCCCCGCCGUCCCCCCCGCCUCCAGCAUCAUAACCUCGACCGCCGCGGCCACGCCGGUGAUGACCAGCCCCGUGGUUAGCAUUAAUCCGAUCCCCACCAGAACCCCGACCCCCACCGCGGUCUCCUCCCUGUCAGCCGUGAAGAAGGACAAAGACUCUGGGCUGACCAUCUCCUCUUCCGCGUCCAACGCGGCCCCGGCGGCGCCGGCCCCCCCCUCCGCGACGCCCGCAGCCGCGCUGCCCAGCAAGACGCCCAAGGGCCGCCCGCUGCCCGUGGACGAAGAGGAGUCUCAGACUCAGCACCCGCGCAAGAGGAAGUUCCCACGCUCCGGCGGGCAGCAGGUCCAGGUCCAGCUGGUCAACACGGCCAUGCAGCAGACCAGGGAGAUGAUUCAGCAGACUCUAGCCGUCGUGGUCAACGCCAUCAAGCUGGACGACAUAGAGCCCUACCACAGUGACCGGUCCAAUCCUUAUUUCGAGUACCUGCAGAUCAGGAAGAAGAUUGAGGAGAAGAGGAAGAUUCUGUGCUACAUCACCCCGCAGGCCCCCCAGUGCUACGCCGAGUAUGUGACCUACACCGGCUCAUACCUGCUGGACGGCAAACCCCUCAGCAAGCUCCACAUCCCCGUGAUUGCCCCGCCUCCAUCGCUGUCCGAACCUCUGAAGGAGCUCUUUCGACAACAAGAGGCUGUCAGAGGGAAGCUCCGGCUGCAGCACAGCAUAGAGCGGGAGAAACUCAUCGUGUCGUGCGAGCAGGAGGUGUUGCGGGUCCACUGCAGAGCGGCCAGAACGAUAGCCAAUCAGGCGGUGCCAUUCAGUGCCUGCACCAUGCUGCUUGACUCCGAGGUGUACAACAUGCCAUCUGAGAGCCAGGGUGACGAAAACAAAUCUGUGAGGGAUCGCUUCAACGCACGGCAGUUCAUUUCCUGGAUACAGGACGUGGACGACAAAUACGACCGCAUGAAGACCUGUUUGCUGAUGCGGCAGCAGCACGAGGCGGCGGCCCUCAACGCCGUGCAGCGGAUGGAGUGGCAGCUGAAGGUGCAGGAGCUGGACCCGGCGGGGCACAAGUCGCUGUGCGUCAACGAGGUGCCGUCCUUCUACGUGCCCAUGGUGGACGUCAACGACGACUUCGUCCUGCUGCCGGCGUGACCCGGCGGAGCUCCCAGAUCCAGAGCAAACUCCGCCCGGGCCGCCGCUCCUCAAAGAGACUUCGUCCAACGGAACGAACGGAAAGGGCUAGCAAGUUGGAGAGGAGACUUUCUGACGGGGGAAAAAAAAACAAAAAACGAUGUUCUCUUGAAAAAGAAGUCGAGAUGAAAACACUUUGCUCGCGGUUCCCCUUCCGUGGAGAGGAAAACCCGUUUUUUUUUUACUGGAGGAAAACAAAAAUACACGACUUGCACUUUCAUCCUCAAAGUUUUUACGCUUUUUGUUGGAGCGGAGUGCGAGAAGCAGAAACGGUUCCUGCUUUGAGGCUCUGACGUCGGGAGGGGGGGGGGAAACCCCCUCAGCGCCCGGCCACGGCGAAAAGGGGGGGGGGAAAUACAGGUUUAUUUUCUGCCUUUGUGUUCGGCCUCUUGCCUCAAAACCCGCCGCCCCAGGGAGGACAUAUCAGAGAAGAGCUGUCCCAUGAGAGCUGCCCGCCCAGAGGGGGGGGGCUCCUGGUCAGCCUGGAGGUCCAGUGCUGACCCAGAAGGCGACGGAGGGAGCCACGGUGCACUGUGUGGAUCUUUAGUGGCUUCAGGAAGCCUGAAGCAGGCACUGACGGAGGUUUUUUUUUUUGGUUUUUUUGUUUUGUUUUUUCGGGCUGCGAGAGGAGAGCCUCUGUGGUUUCCGCACAGGGCCGAGCUAAACAGUCGCCAGACAAAAGCCCGCAGCAGGUUUGAACGCAACGGAAAAGGUCAGGGCCCAGCGCCCGGGAGGAGGAGACUGACCCCGCGGCCCCCCGGCCGGGCUCCACAGAGCAGGGCGAGCGCGGGCCCCCGAGGACAUACCGGAGUGUUCCUCAGCGGCUCGGCCCGCCCCCGACACAAACGCAUCAGACCGCCGUGGACUGCAAAAAAAAAACCACCACAGGACAGCCAGAACAAACAAACCUAACGAAUGUUGAUGUUCAAAGAGACUAUUGAGCAACUGAGGUUUGGCAGGAGGAGAGAAAUCUUGUUUUUGUCUAUUUCUUUACUUGGGCAUUUCAUUGUUUCUGAGGAAGUGACUUGAAACACUACAGAGCCAAUAUUAGUUUAAUGGAAAAAAAAACAAAAGAAAACGAGAAAAAAAAGUUGUAUUCGGUAAAUUAUGUACAGUUUUUAUAUUCGUUAACCAAUGUAUUCUUGCUGCCUUCUAGAUAAUUUAUUUUGCCACACAUUACUGCACAGUUGUAAAUAACCUAUGUACUGUAAUAUCACUCAGUUAAGUGUAAAGAAAAACAAAAAACAGAAAAGAAAUAAAAAUUAUCUUUUUAUGUACAGUUCACUUUUGGGCAGCACUUUCCCCCCCCCCUUUCAUAUCCAAUGGGCCAAAAUGUGUACACGAUUCUGUCAGUAUUUGAAAGACUCCCGUGCACAGUUGUGUGAUCCCAUCCCGACGCAAAAAGCUGACAGACCCCCCCCCACCAGAGUAAAGGCCACCCACCACACAGCCCCUCAGAUGUAGCAGAAUAGUUGUUGAGGAUUUAUUUAAAGUAUAAACAGAAGAUUAUUAUUCAUUGCUUUACUACAAAUUUAAAAAAAGUUUUGAACCAAGAAAAUGCCUUUUUCAGUGAAAAAAAAAAAAAAAAUGUACUCAUUGUUGGGCAAAGUCACACAGACAUAUAUGAGUGGGGUGAACUUUGGAGAGAUGUCAUUAACAAGCAGAACCAUUGUAAGUGUCGAAUGUUUUCAGGUUUUUUGCUGGGGUUUUUUUCUGUUUGUUUUUGUUUGUUUUUUGUUUUUGUUUUUUUGGCUUGUUUUUUUUUAUUUCCUCAAAUUGGAAUUCAUUUCUCGCCAUCACAAAAGCUUAAAAGACACGGGUCGUUCAGCACGGCGCCUCAUGCCCCAUCUUUAUGUUGAAUACACUGAAGAGCUGGGUCUCUGAG